AAAAUUGAAAAAACACUAUUUUUUCGAAAGCAACAAGUUAAUAUUCAUUGUUAUAAUAAUUACGUGCUAUGGUUUAAACUACCGAUUAGUGAUUUUUAAUUGAAUCGUUGGAUUCUACCACAAAUUCUCAUCUGCGGUUAUUCAGGGAAUUUAAUUAUUCAGAUGGAGUUAAAGGGACUUGACCAGUCUGAUUUGAAAAUUGAAUUGACAAUUGGAUGUCAGUGCGGUGACGUCACGGUAAUUCUAUAUCUUAAAUUGUCGCGUGUUGGAGGUGAACCCAUGAUCCGGUGGGGAACGGCCGCGUCUUGGUGACAUUAAUCUCUAAUUAUUAAUGAGUAAUUGAAUUUAAUUGCGGGAUAUUCGGGGUUGAAAUUAUGGGAAGUGCCGUUCACUUGUCUGUGGCUGCUGGGAUUUUGGCGACUGCGGGAAGUUUGUUCGGAAAAUUGGCUGGCAGUCUGGAAAUGGGAUCGAUGGAACAAGCACUUCUCAAGAUUACUUUAUUCGGAGUGAUGAUUCUCCUCAACACAGCUGGCUGUACAUUUUUUGUAAGAAGCCUUCAAGGCUGUGGAUCAUCCUUGCCUUCGACGGUGGUCAGCGCGGCGACCAACUAUUUCUGCUCGAACUCGCCUAGACCUAGUGAAAGGCGAAUGCAUGAACUCCGAGGUGUCAACAUUCGAUUCAACUGACGAUAUAUUUAAUUGCAUGAAAUAACUGCGAGUUACUAUAAAAUAUAAGAUUAUUUUAUUGUUCUUCCAUGGGAAACAGGCACUCCUGGGCUUCCUCGUAUUCGGCGAGACAACUUCGAUGAUGUGGUGGUGUGGAACUUCAUUAGUACUUCUCGGAUUAAUUCUGAU